AUGAUUUCAAUACGGCGAGCAGUUCAUAACACUGCACCAUUGAAUUCACUGAGAACUUUCAAGUUUUCUUUAAGAAAGAAUCUUGUUCGACCAUUAUCGACAACCCCUCAAGAUCCUUUCAGACAAUGGCGCGAAGAGACAAAGCAAACGAGAUUGAAUCUACGACACUUCUCCAAUUCAACCAAUCCUUCCUCUCCUGCCCUCAAUCUACACAAUCAAACCGUCGAGAAAAUAUCUGCCAAUGUUCGACAAUUCUACGACCGAAAAGAGAAAUUCAGGAUCAAUCAUGGUUCUACAAAUAGCACACGGAAUACUGGGAAAGGCAAAAAUAUCAUAAAUAUCGGGGGAUUAUCGCAUGUAUUAGAAGUCAACACGGCGACGCAGACAGCAUGGGUAGAACCCAAUGUGCCGAUGGAUAGACUGGUAGAGGAGACAUUGAAAUAUGGACUUGUGCCACCGGUGGUGAUGGAAUUUCCAGGAAUUACUGCGGGAGGAGGAUAUGCGGGGACAUCGGGCGAAAGCAGUUCUUUUCGACAUGGAUUUUUCAACGAGACGAUCAAUCGGGUGGAGAUGAUAUUGGCAGAUGGGCAGGUGGUUCAGUGUUCGAAGAUGGAGAAGCCAGAUCUAUUUCAUGGGGCGGCGGGUGCGGUGGGUAGUUUGGGGGUGACGACUUUGGUUGAGCUGCGGUUACAGAAGGCGAGGAAAUAUGUUGAGACUACAUAUCAUUCGGUGUCUGAUAUGCCGGAGGCUAUCAAGAAGAUUGAAGAGAUGACCGCAGAUCCUAGUAUUGACUAUGUGGAUGGGAUCAUGUUUUCGAAGAAGAAAGGAGCUAUUAUCACCGGUCGUUUGACAGAUAUCCCAACGGCCAAUACCCCCAUACAACAUUUUGGCAAUGCUUCGGAUCCUUGGUUCUACAUGCAUGUAGAAUCUAAUAUCGACAGCAGCAACUCCUCACCGAGAUUCGCCAUACCUCUCGCAGAAUACCUCUUUCGAUAUGACCGUGGCGCAUUCUGGGUUGGAGCUUCAGCCUUCAAAUACUUUUCCUUCCCAUUCAACAAAUUCACUCGGUGGUUCUUGGAUGACUUUUUACACACUCGUAUGCUAUAUACUGCACUCCAUACUGCCGGUAUGCCACCCGGCUACAUUGUUCAAGAUCUCGCCUUGCCAUAUCCCACCGCUACAGAAUUCGUAGAGUACACCGAUGAAUAUUUUGGAAUCUAUCCACUAUGGCUAUGUCCACUAAAGCAAAGUUCCACACCAACCAUGCAUCCCCAUUCCGCCUCCCACGAAGCCGACAAUCAAACCUCGAAACCCCUCCUGAACAUCGGACUAUGGGGCUACGGAAAAGAAAAAGAUUUAAUCAAGGCCAACAUCAGUCUUGAGCAGAAACUCAAACAGCUGGGUGGUAUGAAGUGGUUAUACGCACAAACCUACUACAACGAAGCACAAUUUUGGGAAAUGUACGAUCGCAAAUGGUACGAUGGAUUGCGGGCAAAAUAUGGAGCAACGGGUCUACCAAGUGUAUAUGAGAAAGUGAAAGCAGCGCCCAAGACGGAGACAGCGGAAACCUUGAGCUUUUCCCAAAGGAUAUCGAAAAUUUGGCCCAUAAGUGGUUUCAAUGGUAUAUAUAGGGCGAUUCAGAGUAAGACGUAUCUAGCAUCCAGAGCUUCGACUUGGAAAACUAUAGAGAUAGAGAUAGAUUCGAGUAUACAUGAGAAGGCUUCGCGGUAG